AUGAGAAGUAACAGCUAGUAAUAAUAGUCAACAUAAUAGUUAAAAGAAGUAUUCAAAUUUUAAUAUAAAGAUUAUACAUAAAUUGCAAUAAAAGGAUGCUUCUUAUAGGUUAGAAAUAGCUAAGUUAAAAAAUUAAUUAAAUGAAAGAAACCAUGAAUACAAAUUAGCUUUAGAGGAAUUAUAAGAAAUAAAAAGAAUUUAGUAAAGAGUAUUCAUUACUUCAUAUUUCAAGGAUAAUUAAUAUAUUCUCAAAAUAGAUAAUUAUGUAAUGAACUUAAAAUAAAAAUUACAUAAAGCAAAUAUUAAAAUAGGUUCUUUGGAAUCAAAAUUAUCAUCUUCUAGAGCAAAAUAAAUAUAGUCAUAAGAAGAAACAAUUAAUCAUAAUGAAACAUUUUAAACAGAAAUCUCAUAAAUAUCUAAUUAUUAGCCAAUCAUAAAAUAGCAAUCAAAUCGAUCCAAUCAAACUUAUGCUUGUAAUAAACCAAAAUUAAUUUGUAAACCUGUUAAAUUUUAACUACCAUACCCUAAUACAGGUUUCACAGAAAAUUAAGAUAUAUAUGAAAACUGUUCCUUUAUAAAACCAAGUCCUUUAUAAGAAUAAAUUUUAAACAGAAUUCUAGAUGAUGAAGAAUUCUCAACAAAUUUAUCCUAAAAAUUAGUUUAAUUUUAAAGUUAAUCUUUCAAUUCAUAAAAAAAUAAAACAUAACCAAUUACAUUCAUUUGUAAUUCUAGAUAGAGUAACUUUAGUUUUGCAAAUAGUGAGAAGAAACCAGCAAAUGUUGAUAAAUCUAUUAAAGGAUCUAAUCGAUAAUGUAAAUAUUAUUUUAUAUAGAAAAGACCAUUCUGUUUCAACAGAUAAUAAAGAGAACAUGUUCUAAAAUUGUAAUUGA